AUUGUUAUCUAUCUGUGAAGGAGUUAACAAACUAAAAACGUGGAUCAGUUAAAAGAUUUGAUGCGUACUUUCUGCUGCUUUUUGUACUUGUGCAUAAUCUUUAGUAUUUACUUGAAGCCCAAAGUUUGUAUUUGUUUACCGUACCUUUAUCCCUGGUUCGGCAAUAAAGUUAAGAAAUUGGUCUCCUGUGUCGUCCUUCACCACCUGUACAAAAAGUUGAUCAUUCUCGGCUACCCUUUUGUAUCUUUUUGUCACCUAAGCAAGAAAACUAAUACCAUGUUUGGUUUCACGAUUGAGAUGCAAUUUUAAGAAGCUAAUAAUUACAACUUUCACAUCCCAAACACAAUUCCUUCAUCCUCAAUGAGUUUCCAAACACGCUAUAAGUUGUAGAGCUUAUUCAGCUCUAACAUGUCUACAAUAUUUGAUGCCAUAAACUUUUUUUCUCUCUGGUUCAGUCCCUACCAAACACAAUUGUCCACAUUUAUGGGAUAUUCAAUGGGGAUUGAAUUGUUUAAUCAGUAUUUCUUAAAAUGCAUCUUCUGGUCUUACCAAUCAAAUUGACCUUUUUUGCUUUGCCCUGAAGUUUUCUAUAUAUGUGUAUGCACCGAAUCGCCGCACUGAUAAGUCCAUAGAGCAUGGAUGCUACAUCCUCACAGUUUGUUUCCUCAAGAAGAAUGGGUGUAUAUGAUCCUAUCCACCAAAUUAGCAUGUGGGAAGAAACUUUCAAAAGUAAUGAUACUAAUAAUUUAACUGUAUCCACAUCCAUAAUUGGGGAGGUGGAGAUGAAGUUAGAUAAUCAGGUUCAUGUGCAAUCAGAGGAUGCUUCUCAUGGAAUAUUUGGAACAUCUGUGAAGUACGAUCAAGAUGCUAAGCUUACUGAUAAGACACAAAGACGUCUUGCACAAAAUCGAGAGGCCGCUCGCAAGAGUCGUUUGAGGAAAAAGGCAUACGUGCAGCAGUUAGAAUCAUGUCGUUUGAAGCUCGUGCAGUUAGAGCAAGAGGUAGAUCAUGCAAAACAACAGGCAACAAAACUGCAGGGAUUGUAUAUUGGCGACGGAUUGAGUUCUAAUAAUUUGAGUUUUGCUGGCUCUGUAAAUUCAGGAAUAACGCUUUUCAAGAUGGAGUAUGGAAACUGGCUGGAGGAGCAAAAUAGACAAAUUUUAGAACUGAGAACUGCUUUAAGUUCUCAUAUAGGUGACAUACAGCUCGGGACACUUGUACAGGGCAUAAUGAACCACUACACCAAACUCUUUAGCAUGAAAUCUGCUGCAGCAAAAGCAGAUGUUUUCUAUGUUAUGUCUGGUAUGUGGAAGACAACAGCUGAACGAUUUUUCUUGUGGAUUGGAGGAUUUCGCCCCUCUGAACUUCUAAAGGUUCUGGUCCCUCUAAGUGAACCUUUGACAGAGCAACAACGGUUUGAUGCUUAUGGCCUUGAAAAAUCAUGCCAGCAAGCAGAAGAUGCUCUUUCACAAGGUAUGGAAAAACUUCAGCAAAUGCUCGCUGACUCUGUAGGACCAGGACAACUAGUUGAAGGAAAUCACAUUCCCCAAAUGGAUACUGCAAUGGAGAGACUAGAAGCACUUGUGAGCUUUGUGAACCAGGCUGAUCAUCUACGACAAGAAACAUUGAGGCAAAUGUAUCGAAUACUUACCACACGUCAGACUGGUCGAUUUCUGCUUGAUUUGGGUGAAUAUUUUCAACGCCUGCGGGCUUUGAGCAAACUUUGGGCUAAUCGUCCUCAAGAACUUACUAAGUCAGUCAUCAAACAUUAGUUAUAGCCAACAACACCUUAAACUUAUCAUCAAGUGUCUAUAUCAUUAUCAAAACCAUGUUCCGGCUGCUCGCAUUUUUCCAGCACUGAGAAGUUGUAAAGUUGGUUAUCAUGUAGAAUGUAAAAUAGUACAUCUACGUGUUUUGAAAACUGCAUAAUCCUUUUUUUUUUUCUUUGAUAGAAAUAAUUUGAGAGUAAAGAAAACUACUACCAAUAGAAGUUAAAUUAUCUUUAGUUA